AUGGAAACAAAAAUAGACAAGGAAGACAGUCCCGAGAAAGACCCACAGGCCCUGCGAAAAAGAUAUAAAUCGGAAAAGGACUUGAGCAGAUCGUUCGAAGCGUACGAACGGGGAGAAACGAAAUACGACGAAGAGGAGAUGCAUACUGCUUCCCUACUUCAUGGAUACUCAUUUAACAUAAAAAAAAAAAGUCCUGUUCAAAAUGAGAAAAACUAUUUAUGGUUAAAGAAGAAAGACAAGGAGAGGUGGAGAUCUGAAUCGGAGUACCACAACUACGUUCGCAGACACAAUUCAAAACUUACUUGCCUCGUGAAAAAGUACAUGAAAUAUUUUUCUGACCUCAAGAGGACAAGCUACAAAACGAGUUCUUAUGGAAAUGACCCCGACAUUAGCGGCGAUUUCGGCAACCGUCUUGGCACAAAGAGAAGUAACCCCAACUUUACUGCUCAUAUGAAGAAAGGGCUCUCCGAAGAGGGUAAUUUCAAGUUACAAUGUGAGGAGCCUUUAUCAAGCGGAAAAAUACUUGGGGGAUCAUUUCUUCAGAAAGUGGUAGAUUUGUUUGCAAGUCCAUGUCGCUCUCUCCAGGAAAGGAGAUCCCACAAUAAUAGCAACCAUAGCAGCUGCAACGAAGUACCCCCCCUCCUGAUCUUCACAGACGCCCUCACUGAAGAGGCAUUCAUGGAAAAAUUUUAUGCCUCUCUUCCCUUCAAAAUGAUUGUAUACUCAACUUUAAUGAUUUUAACCUCGUUGGUUAACUUUUUUAUUCUUCACUACGGUGUGUUUAGUUUUGAGCAUACUGUGGGGAAAACGGCAAUAUACCUAAACGUGUGCAAAUUACUCUUCGACAUUUUUUAUUUCUCCUUGUUUGUCAUUUAUAUAUUUUUUUUCAGUUCUAAUUGCAUAAAGACAGCGUCUCUUUAUUCAUACAAUUCGUCUUACGUGUUUGCAUCACUUCGAGUUUUAUGUAACCUUGUUCUGUUGCACGUUCUUCCUCCAUCUGUGACGACGAACGGCGCACAGUCUACACGUGUUAUCGAUUUGAAUCCACCCCAAUGUAAGAAGGUGCAGCAGUCAGGUCUGCCCAGCAUCCACGCCAUAGUAAUGUUCAUGAGUUGUACAUACCUAUGUGUACUCUGCUGCUUAAAAAAUUACAUCAUCCUUUACCAUUUUUCUCUAAGCUUUAAAUUUUCCCUUUUUUGCAUUUUGUGUGUAUUUACUCUCUGUGUGUACUCCUACGGUUACCUGCAUUUUGCUUACAACGAUGUGGUCAUUUUGUUUUGCUUCUCCCUGUGCGUUCUCGUGCUGUCUUUGUGCUAUGAGUAUCGAUUUGAGAGGAGAGACAGGGGUUCCUUCAUGAAGAAGCGCGAAGGUGACAAGAACGCGAUUGAAGGGAAAAACGCAGAGGAGGAGAAAAAUACAGAAGAGGGGAAAAACACAGAAGAAAGGGAUAACACAGAGGAGGGAGAAUAUAUAGAGGAGGCGGAGAACACGGACUACGGAGAAAACGACGAAGCAUACCGCAGGAGGACGCCGCGACACUACAUGACCAAGUACUUCUCCAUUGACAACUCGACGCCUACGUCCCCCAUCGAAGACAUUUUGAACAACCUGAAAUACUUGCUGGACCACAUGAAGAAACUGGAGGAAGACGCCAACGAAAAAAAAUUAUCAGAAAUAGGAAAAAUGAGGGAAAAAAUAAAAAUGUGUGAAAAUACCUUGAGGACGCAAAAUCUAAAUGAAGUACAAAUAUGCAAGUAUAGAAAAUUUGAGAGAGUUUACAAUAUGUGGUGUUUGGAUAAAAUCGAAAAUAAUUAUUGUGAAAAAAAUGAUGAAUGUAAAUCGUACUUAUCGCAAAGUCUUAAUAAGAAAUCUUUCAAUUCAUUUUCAAACAUUCACUCUUUAUUAUCGUCCAAAUUUCAAGAACAGCAUAAUUAUUCCUUCGAAUGGAAGUCCGACAUUGAGUACUUGUACAAGCGCAAUGUGUUCAUUUCCAUUGGGUAUAAGUUGCUGUAUCCGUUGGGUGUUUUAGAAGCCAGCUUCGACAAGGAGAAGCUGAAGAACUUCCUUCUGAAGAUGUACUCUCUGUACAACGAUGUGCCGUACCACAACAGCUUGCACGCCGCGCAGGUCGCGCACUUCAGCAAAAGCAUGCUGUUCCUCCUGGACAUCAACCACAAGAUACCAGCCAUCGACGAAUUCUGCUUGCACGUUUCUUCCCUGUGUCACGACGUGGGGCACCCGGGGCUGAACAAUUACUUUUUAAUCAACUCGGAAAACAACUUAGCGCUAACAUACAAUGACAACAGUGUGCUCGAAAACUACCACUGCUCCCUUGUGUUCAAAACGUUGAAGGAAAAAAGUUGUAAUAUUUUCGAAAAUUACCCAUAUAACAUUUUUACGACUUGCAAAAAAAAUAUCAUUAGGGCUAUUUUGUCCACAGACAUGAAAAACCAUUUCGAGUACAUCUCCAACUUUCGCACAUCCAAAGAAUUUAUCGACUUGGACAUUUUAACAAGUGAACAGAUAUGGCAAAUUUUCUCCCUCAUUUUGAAGGCAGCAGAUAUUGGCCAUGCAACACUGGAUUGGAACAAACAUUACGAGUGGACAAUGAAAAUAAAUGAGGAGUUCUACCUACAGGGCUUGCUAGAAAAAUCAUUAAAUAUGCCCAACAGCUUUUUGUGUGAUAUAAAUUCUAUUGAUAAAUUAGCCACCUCCCAGAUUGGCUUCCUCAAGCAUUUGUGCAUUCCUCUCUUCAGUGAGUUAAAUUCCAUCUCGAGAAAUGAUGAAGUGUACAAUCACUGCAUUUGCUCUAUUGAACAUAAUAUAGAGCAGUGGGAGAAGAGAAAGAAUAAUGAGAAGAGUCUGGGGCUACACGAGAAGUACAAAGAGGAAAAUUUAAUUGACAGAAUUAAGCUGCUAAAAUUUGUGUGA